UACGUCUAAACUAUGCGUAUACACACACAUAUACAUACACACACGCACACCAUUGCUGCUACAAUGAACUGUUUUGUGCUCGCUCAUUUGAAGAUCCAUUGCUGCAAAAAGCUCCGAGCUUUCUAAUGCCUAUUUUCCGGAUUAUGCUUUUCGUAUAAUUCAAGUUAUUUCAAAAUUGUGUUCACGAUUUAUUCUCCUCCUUCGAUGAGAGGCGAUCUUCCCCGAGGCCUCUUGGAUCAGGAUUUUUUCUAGUUCGAAGUAAAUAGAAACGUGGUAAUUUUUAUUUUUGUGUUUAUUUAGGAGAUAAUUUUUUUGAUACGAGACGAUGAAGAGGUCUAGAGAUGAUGUGUUUGUGAGUUCUAUGCUCAAGGGCUCUGCCAUUCCUUCUCCAACUGAACCUUCUGGGCAAGCUCAGAUGUCAACUGCAAGGAGUGCGCAGAAGCUCCAGACAACUGAUGCCUUGUCGUAUCUUAAAGUUGUGAAGGAAAAAUUUCAGGACAAAGGGGACAACAUGUACAAUGAAUUUCUUGCUGUCAUGAAAGAGUUCAAGGCUCAAAGAAUUGAUACAUCUGGUGUUAUAGUGAAAGUGAAGGAAUUAUUUAGAGGGGACCGAGACCUAAUUCUGGGUUUCAAUGCCUUUUUACCGAAGGGAUACGAAAUUACCCUCCCACCGGAGGAUGAACCACUUCUAAAAAAGAAGCCAGUAGAUUUUGAAGAAGCAAUCGGUUUUGUAAACAAAAUAAAGACUAGAUUUCAGGGUGAUCAUCAUGUAUACAACGCAUUUCUUGACAUCUUGAAUAUAUACAGAAAAAAUAGCAUUUCAAUAACAGAAGUCUAUCAGGAGGUUUCAGUUCUUUUUCAGGAUCAUGCUGACCUACUUGUAGAGUUCACUCAUUUUUUACCUUAUACUACUGCUGCCCCUGCCCAUCAUGCUCAACCCGUUAGAAAUAAUAUCUUGCUGCAGAACAGUGGAGGAUCUCCCAUGACAUUGACACGGCCCAUUGAGCAGAAGCCUGCUGCAGGCGACCAGUUUGUUACUUGCCCUGAUCCAGAGCAAUUGAGAGUGAACAAAAAAGAGAACAAAGCUGAGCGUGAUGAUGAUGAUAACUUGGACAGUGAAAGAAAAUAUGCUGGUGGCGAUGAUUCUGCGAGUGACCAGUUACAUAAAGGAACAGAGGACCCAGUGUCAAUUUUCUGCGGAAAAGUGAAGGAAAGAUUGAAAGAUUCCGAAAACUACAAGAAAUUUUUGGACUGUGUUCGCUCCUAUAGAAGCAAGUUUGUCACACUGCCUCAAUUUCAAAUGCUGGUGGCUAGUAUACUGGGAUCACAUCCAGACCUCAAGGAACAGUGUGAAGAUUUCAUAAUUUAUAUUGAGAAGAUAGGCAGCAAACAAAAUUUCAGAUCUCAAAAGGUAGAUGAUCGUGAAGCAGAUGAGCAUAAUAAGGAAGACAGUAAUAAAAAUAAAGAUCAUGACAAUAGAGAAAGGGAUAGAUCCGACAAGGUUCUUGCUUUCAACAAAGAUGUCCAAGGACAGAAGCUGUCCAUUACAAAGGAGAAGUAUAUGGCAAAACCCAUCCAUGAACUUGAUCUCUCUAACUGCGAAAGCUGCACUCCAAGUUACCGACUUCUUCCUAACAAUUACCCGAUUCCAUCAGUGAGCUGUAGAACAAAGAUUGGUUCUCAAGUGCUGAAUGACCAUUGGGUGUCCGUCACUUCAGGAAGUGAGGACUACUCAUUCAAACAUAUGCGCAAAAACCAAUAUGAAGAAAGCCUGUUCCGUUGCGAGGACGACAGGUUUGAACUUGACAUGUUGUUGGAAUCUGUGAAUGCAACAACAAAGCGUGUUGAAGAAUUGUUAGAUAGUAUGAAUUCUCAUACUGACAAGACUGAUAGUACAUUUCAUAUAGACGAUCAUCUGACAGCUGUUAACCUUCGGUGCAUUGAGCGUUUAUACGGUGACCAUGGGCUUGACGUACGGGAUGUGUUGAGGAAGAACGCACCCCUUGCCCUGCCAGUUAUUUUAACCCGGCUGAAGCAGAAACAGGAAGAAUGGGCAAGGUGCCGCUCCGAUUUCAAUAAGAUUUGGGCUGAAAUUUAUGCUAGAAACUACCACAAGUCACUCGAUCACAGGAGCUUCUAUUUUAAGCAACAGGAUACAAAGAACUUGAGUGCUAAAGCAUUUUUGGCUGAAAUAAGAGAAAUAAGCGAAAAGGAUCAGAAUGAAGAUGAGAAGAUUCUCUCAAUCAGUGCUGGAUAUAGGCAACCCAUCAAACCUCAUAUGAAGUUUGAGUAUCCUGAUCCCGACAUUCAAGAAGAUCUAUAUCAGCUCAUGAAAUACGCUUGCGGAGAAGUGUGUACACCUGAGCAGCAAGACAAAGUCAUGAGGAUUUGGACAACGUUCCUUGAACCAGUGUUCAGCAUUCCUUCCCGUCCGAGUGUCGGGGACAUCAAAGAAACUGUCAACAAUGAUUCAUCUAAAAGAUUGGCCAAUUUUGGUGAAGGGAAUGGCACCCCUGUUGGCGAGGCUGCUUCAGAAAACCGCCGAUCAUUAGAUAUGUCCAAAACUGGAGGUGAAAAUUUUCCAACUGAACAAUCCCGUUGCAGCAGAAUACUAAUGGUCGAUAAUGGGGUCAAGAAUGGUGGUUCUCCUAGUGCGGAUAAUGCUGCUUGCGAGAUUGAUGUAUCACGCAAUGCAACCCAAAAUGGAGUAAUGCGCACCGAUGCCAGCAGCACCAUACCUGCUAUGUCGGGAAACAGCAAACAAGCUGGUUUCUUCGAGCAGGUUACUCCAAAUGCUUCAGGAGAAAAGAACAUAAAUGUGGAAAAUGGAUCAAGUAGUGCUAUUGGUGAUCGUGUGACUACGGUAAUGCUGAAUAACAAACCGCAGGGUGGUCUUUAUAGGAAAGUUACUUCCUCUUCAGUCGAGGGGAUCCACACUCAGAAAUGCCACAAUGAAAUUAUAGGUUUUGGCAAAGGUGAACGAGAAGAAGGUGAAUUGUCUCCUAGUAAGAAUCACGAAGACAACAUUUUGGCUGCAUUUGGAGAAGUUGCGUACAGUUCAUGUAAAAGUGCUGACAGUGUUAGAAGGACCGGAGGAGAAGCUCUUCGUGUUGUGGAGGCGGGAGGAGAAAAUGAUGCCAACGCUGACGAUGAAGGCGAGGAAAGUGCUAAGGGCUCCUCAGACAGCGAGAAUGGCUAUAAAAUUGCUGAUGUCUCAGCGACUGAUUCAGCUGAUAGAGAAGAGCGCUCCCCGGGAGAUCAUGAUGAAGACGAGGACCAUGAUGAGAAUGACAACAAGGAUGAGAGUGAACGAGAGGGGGAAGGCGUGGCAGAUAUCCAUGAGAAUGAGGGAACGGUUGCAUUUUCUGGUCAUGUUCUAAAUACUGUGAAGCCUCUUACGACGAAAUUGCCUACUGCCUUACCUGUCAAAGAGAGGAACUCGGAGAUUUUCUAUGGAAACGAUUCCUUCUAUUUGCUUUUCAGGCUUCACCAAAUUCUAUACGAAAGAAUGCAUAGCGCUAAGCUGCAUUCGUCAUCUCCAGAAAAUAAAUGGAGGAUCUUGAACGAUUCAAAUACAACAGAUUCAUAUGCUAGAUUCAAGGAUGCACUACACAGUUUACUGGAUGGAUCAUCUGAUAACGCAAAGUUCGAGGAUGAUUGCCGAACUAUCAUUGGUGCUCAAUCCUACAUCCUCUUUUCACUAGACAAACUGAUACAUAAACUUGUUAAACAGCUACAAACAAUUGCAAGCGAGGAGAUGGAGAACAAACUCAUUCAGCUAUAUUCAUAUGAACGAUCAAGAAGUCCCAGAAAAUUUGUUGAUGAUAUUUAUCACGAAAAUGCACGUUUUCUUCUCCCCGAAGAUAACUUGUAUCGAAUAGAAUGUGUGCCUUCCCCAACGUGUUUAACGGCUCAGCUCAUGAAAAACGAGCAGGACAAACCCGAAGAGACGGCUAUCUACAUGGACCCCGCAUUUGCAGCUUAUUUGAAUGGUGAACUGCUAUCAGUUGCUCCAGAAAGAAAGGGAAAACAUAAGAUAUUCUUGAAGAGAAACAAAAGGAAAUUUUCGACUCAAGACAAGAUCCCCGACAUCUCCAGAGCCACGGAACAACUUGUAACUUAUAACGGUCUUGAAAUCAAGGUCGCUUGCAAUACGCUGAAGGCUGCUUAUGUCAUAGGCACGGAAGACUUCUUAUAUCGCCUGAGCAAACGGAGAAAAACUCCGAUCCACAGCCGUUCAAGCAGCAGUAGCGCUCCCAAUGGUUGUUCUCAAAGAGUUAGAAGAAUCUGCAGAUUGAUGGUUAGUUGAUAGCAAAAGCUCUUCUGCAUCAGAAUUGAAGGUUAGGCCCUUUCUUUUCAACUUAUUUCUUGAAACCCUAGUUGGUUAUCUAUCUCGACAAAAUCAGAUCGCGUUAACUGAUAAACAGUUAACACGGUCUGAUAGUUGAAAGUGAGCUGUAGCACGUUGAGACGACGGCUUAAUCUCCUUUCAACGGUCACACGACGAGCACCGCGCUUCGUGUCCGAUAGAGCUGUUGAUGGAAGAGGAGAGGACUUGAAUAUGUUUGUAGAUAUUUACAUGUCAUGUAAUUACAUUAACGACGUUGAAUCGACUAGUCUUAUAUAAGACAUUUUUUUGUCCUACAA